AUGCACGGUAACUUGGUUGUCCUCAACUUAUUCCUCUCAAAUCAUAUAGAAGCUGUAAUCGGGCCACUUCCUGGAGAGACUCAGAUGAUCUGGAAGUGCACAAAGACUAAAGCCAUAUUCCAAGGUCUGCCUGCCUCAAGUACUGCCCUCAAAGUGCUCUUUGAUGGCUGGGAUUCCUGGGCUGUUUAUGCAGGGGUAGAGGCCAAGAAUUUCAUGGUGCAAACCAUCAAAGACAUCAAUGCUCAAGUCAUAGAAGAUCCCUCCUCGACGAAGAACAUAGGUGGACAAGCUAUCCAGGCUGGAGAAGUGAUUGUCACUUCUGUCAUAACUGCUGGAGACUUGGAGCUUCCCUUUGGAGAUGAGGAGGAUGAAAUUCUAGCAGAACAGCCAGCUGUUGAGGUGACUCCUUCUGGCAGAAAGAAUAAGAGAAAAGAGACUACUCCAGCUCAUGAUAGUGUUGUCCAGCCUUAG